GAGAAGAGAUGCUGCAUACAGAAAAGCUCUAUCAGAAGGAGAGGUGGUGAAUGUUGCUUAUUCACGUGUUCUUUUUCUGGGUACAGCAGGUGUUGGGAAGAGUAGUUUCAAGAAUUCUCUUAUGAAGUUACCAUGGGAUCCUAAAGCUAACAGUACCAUCAUAUCUGAUGUCAGCUGUGUUCGUCCCUUUGCUAAGGGAUUGCUUAGUGAGCAGUGGGAAGCAGUUACUCGUGAAGCUGAAAUUGAAGCAAUGGCACACUUGUUCUCUGUUGUCAGCAAAAAUGAGAAGUAUCACUCUGUUCUUUUUGAUCCUGAUGAUGUCACUAGUACUGCACCAAUCAAUGACAUUGCAAAAGUUAAGCUAGAUUCUGUCCUUAGUGAAGUUAGCAAAUUUCAAGUUGUUCGACAACCUCGUCAGUUAGAGCCUCAUUUUUUAAUGCAUUUCUGGGAUUGUGGGGGUCAACCUGCUUUCCUUGAGAUCCUACCAGUUUUUCUCACCUCUCGUACCAUAUUCCUCCUUCACUUUGAUGCCUCUAAAGAUCUCGACAGCAAAUGGCAGUCAGUCCAUCAUAUUGAUGGCACUCGAUAUGAUGGAGAAGAGGUCAAUAUGUCUACUCUUAGUUACAUGCUCAAUUGGAUGGCUUGUGUUCACAGUCACCUAAUGAAGUAUGGGGCAGAUGGAAGUAUUCCUGAUUAUCCUCGCAUGUAUUGCAUUGGCACUCAUGGAGACUUGCUAACAGAUGAAGUGAAGGAGCAAGUCAGGAGUGAGUUAAUAUCUCACUAUAAAGAUAAAGAUUAUGCCAAGUUAAUAUCUGAUACCCUCAUCAUUGAUAAUACAUCAUCUGGUAAGGGUGAAUCAGAAGAUCCUAAUAUUGAGGUAGUGAGAAGUGCCAUCAUUGAUAUCACAAGAAAUAAGCUGAUAGUAAAAACCCCAAUCAGUUGGGUUCUCUUUCGUAAAGUUCUUCAGGCAUUGGAGGAAAAUAUUGUUAGCAUAUCCCUGGCUGAAGAUGUUGGUGCUGUUUGCAAGAUUCCUCCAGAAGAUCUACCUCAGGUUCUCUUAUUCUAUCAUGAUUUGGGAUCUGUUCUAUAUUAUCCUCAGCUAGAAGGUCUGAAAGAGAAAGUCAUAGUCGAUCCAAAGUUCAUUAUUGAUGCUCUUGGAAAGAUCUUUACAUUUCAAGCUAGCACUACACAUGUCAGGGAGUGGGAGAUAUUUCAUCAAUAUGGUAUCCUCAUACAACCACUGUAUACAUCAGUCUGGAAGGAAUGUGGAGACAUAAAGCCUGAAGAUUUCAUUGAAGUAUUGCUACACUUUCGUCUUGCUGCUCAAGUUACCAUUGAAGAUCAACAUAUCUGCUCCUCACGGUACAAGCAAUAUUUCAUUCCUGCCAUUCUCAAGCUGUGCCAAAGUAAUACGAUAGCUACACGCAGCAAGGAGGUUGAGGUUGCAUCACCAUUUCACAUCACCUUUGAAACUGAUUUUGUUCCUCCUGGUUUUUUCACUCGUUUUGUUGCUGUUAUAGCUAGUCAACCAAGCACAUUUCUGUACCUUGAGGAAGGAGUGUAUAGGAAUCGUGUUACCUUUCGUUACCAGGAGGGAAGGAAUAGAAGCAUUGAACAUUUAACAGUAACAGAUCAACAUGAUGCCAUUCAGAUUAAUGUCCAUCGUGCUACCUCUCGUUCUGAUCCAGUUCCUUUUGCCAAUGUAUGUCAAGAUAUCUUAGUUCUGUUGGAAGAUUCCGCUAAAGAAGUGGAGAACAUUCUUCAGAAUUGCAUUGGAAGAGGUUUUGAAGAAUUACCAAAAUAUUCCGUAUCAAGAUCACUGUGCUACAUCUGUGAUGGAUGUUCUAAACCUGAGAAUGAGCCUCCACAUUAUCUCACACCAGUAAGCGAUCUUCUUCAAACCAGAGACUUGGAGAUUAACUGUCAAAAAAGCAAAAACUACCGACCGCUUACAAAACAAGAAAUAGUUUGGUUCCCUGAGGAGUUAAGUGAAGCAAAUGAGAUAGUAUUAAAGGAUGAGGUUGGAGAGAAAUCUAAACACUAUCAAAAAAAGUUACAUGGAACCAGUGUACUUGAUGUAGCAUCACCUGCAGUUCGUGAAUCUCAUUCUGAUCUAGCUAGUAAGAAAAAGCCAAUAGACAUAUUUCACUCACAUUUAGCUUCACUCUGUGAUGCUAUGGCCACAGACCAUAUCAUUGUUAGAGCACCAAUGUAUUUCAUAAAUGAUAUCAGUAAGCCUGUACUUAAUAAAGUUAGAACUUCUGGUAUUUCUGCAUAUGAGAGAGCACAGGAGCUUCUAAUGGAAUUACGACGUCAUCUUGAAGCAUCCAGUGACCAACGCCAGCAUCUACUUAAUCUAAUUACUAUAUUCCACAAAAUAAAAGAUCCAGUAUUGUCCCAGAUAGCUGAUUCAAUGAAAUCGGAAUUGUAAGAGUAUCCUUAAUGAGUAACAAUAACUAUAGUUUAACAUACUUAUUAACUAAUGCUAUAUUAUUUUGUACUUACAUAAACUGGUGCAAAAUAUUAACAUAAAAUAAAA